AAGGGAGGCCCUUGGCUCGCAUUAAACUAGCGAUCCCCAUCCUCACUCUUCAUCACCACAAACAACAGAGAUCUUUCUCGCUCCGCAAAAUGGCUUCUGUUUGUGCUUCCUCCUCUGCCAUUGCAACUGUUGCCAGUUCACAGAAUGCAUUAUCUGCAACAAAGGCAUCCUUCUUCGGAGGGAGAAAGCUGAGACAAGCCGGAAAAUGGGCGGCAGCCACCCCCACCGGCCGGAGAUCACUUUCGGUGUCGGCAGCUGCAGCGUCGGAGAGGCCCCUCUGGUUCCCUGGCAGCACCCCUCCUCCAUGGCUCGACGGCAGCCUCCCAGGAGACUUUGGCUUUGAUCCUCUUGGCCUAGGAUCCGACCCAGAGAGCUUAAAAUGGAACGUCCAAGCCGAACUAGUCCACUGCCGAUGGGCGAUGCUCGGCGCUGCUGGCAUCUUCAUCCCCGAAUUCCUCACCAAAAUCGGAAUCCUCAACACUCCCUCAUGGUACACCGCUGGCGAGCUCGAAUACUUCACUGACAAAACCACCCUCUUCGUGGUUGAGCUCAUCUUGAUCGGGUGGGCCGAGGGCCGAAGAUGGGCCGACAUAAUAAAGCCCGGUUGCGUCAACACGGACCCAAUCUUCCCCAACAACAAGCUCACCGGUACUGAUGUGGGCUAUCCGGGUGGGCUCUGGUUCGACCCGUUGGGCUGGGGUUCGGGCUCGCCAGAGAAAAUUAGGGAGUUGAGGACUAAGGAGAUCAAGAAUGGGAGGUUGGCUAUGCUGGCUGUUAUGGGGGCCUGGUUUCAGGCCAUUUACACAGGGACUGGCCCAAUUGAUAAUUUGUUUGCUCACCUUGCCGAUCCUGGUCAUGCCACAAUCUUUGCUGCUUUCACCCCCAAGUGAUCGGAGGAAGAAGAGGAUGGCGAUCAUCGGUAACCGGAAUCAAUGAUGUAAAUCUUUAGGUAUUGCCGAGGGUCAUGAGAAUAUUGGAAGGGAGUGUAGAGUAUGGAGAUGAAUGUAUCAUGUCUAGUUGUGUCUUAUAUUGUGUUUUGGAUGCUGGAUUGAGUAAGAAACAGUGUACAAAUUUACUUGGAAGGUUUGCUUCUGGGUAGCAAUGCUAAAUACUUGAUGCAGUAUGAUUAAUCAGUUUAGUUA